AUGGAGCCCUACCCACUCUGGACGCUGCUGCUGUCGGCUGUGCUCCUGCAGACACUCGCGGUCACUGUCACGGUGCUGCACUUCAAGUCGGCUCUUAACGCGAUGAAGCAGACGUUCGCUCGCAGCAGUGUUUCCUGUUUGACAGAUACACAGGAAUCUGAGCCGUGUUUCCAGGUCAGAGCCCACCUGCAGCAGCUCAUAGAGGAGUCCCUGUCCCUGCAGCAUCAGAGGCAGCUCUCCUCCGCAGUCAGAGAUGAGGUGUCCCGUGUGCUGCCUGCUCUAGUGCUGGAUGACAGGACCUCCUCACGGCCCAAAGUUGCGGCACAUGUCACUGGGAGAUUUGUGCCCAAAGUGGGCCGCGAAGCACCAGCAUUCGGCUGGAGCUCGCGGAGAGUCCUGGGGCAGAAAAUCUGGUGGUGGGAGGGGCAGCGUGGUCUGGCCUUCCUCCAGGACGUCACCCUCAGUCAGGGAGAGCUGCUGGUGUCGCGGCCUGGACUCUACUACGUCUACGCCCAGGUGUACUUCAGACACCACCAGGGGGAGCCAGAAGAGGGGGCGGAGCCAGAGGAGUGGGUGGAGACAGGGGACAGGGGCAGGCCGCUGCUGCAGUACGUCUACAAGAAGAUAAAUUCAUACCCGGUCCCCAUCCUCCUGAUGAAGACAAGCCGGACCUCCUGCUGGUCGCGGGACUCUGAGUUUUCUCUGCACUCCGCCCAUCAGGGGGGGCUGUUCCCUCUAACUGCUGGGGAUCGACUGUUUGUGAGUGUCACCAAUGCAUCUGCAGUGGACAUGGAUGAGAGGAGCAGCUUCUUUGGGGCCUUCCUCCUGAGCUGA